AUGCCAAAAGUAAAUUAACUCAAUGGAAAUUCAUAACAUAGUAACAAAAACUCAAUUAAUAAUUAAAAUGUAUAGUCCAUAAACAAUAAAUUUACAAAUUCUUAUGAAAUUGAAUGUGAAAGAAAAGAUUGUAUGAUGGUCAAAUUAAAUGGAAUUCAGAUCCAACAUUAAUUAUUUCUACUAAAAAAAGAUCUAGAUAAAUAUAAAGCCUUAUAUGUAAAUGAAAGAAAGAAAAUAAGUGAUACUUAUAAGGAAGUUGAAGAAAUAAUGGAUGCUCUUGCUAAAAAAGAAAAGGAUAUUAAAAUUAAAGAGAUGCAACUUCUUGAAUUUGAGUAAACUUUAUUAAAAAAGAAUAUGUAAAAUGAUGAUAGAAAUGAAUCUUUAGAAAUUUUAAAUUAAAAAUUAAUUGAUAAGCAAUACUAAUUAGAAGAAAAAGAAAAUCAAAUUAAUCUAGAAGCUAAAAAUCAAUAGUAAUUAAUUGAUGACUUAAAUAAUCUAAAAGCCAACUUGGAAUCUUCAGUUAAAUUUUUAGAAUAAAAAGAAUCAUAGCUAUUUGCUACUCUUCAAUAGUUAAAUUAACAAGAAUAAGAAACAUUAUAAAGAGUUGAUCAUAUCAAUUAAUUUAUUUAAAAUUCAGAUCAACAUUUUUCAAUGAUGGAAUCAAUUGAAUAAUUAUUUAAAUAGAAAACUUAAAAUAUUGAACAUAUUAAACAAUCUGUUACUUAAAAAUAAGAAGAACUAUAAAUGUAUGAAUAGUAAUUACAGCUUAAGAGUGUAUGUGCUUCUUUAAAUGAAGCUACUUUUAUGAAAAAGGUUGCCUAAACUGAAAGAAUAGUUUUAAAGACACCUACUUAAGAUACCAAUAAAAAAUGUCAAACAAAAUCUAAUAAAUGUAGUACAUUUUCAAACUAAAAAGUGUAUACAAUUUAAUAGAAUAAACUAUUUUCAACUAUAAGCAGUAGAGAAAAUAGUCCAAUUUCUAACAGAGAUUCAUUUAAAAUAAUUAAAAAGCCCUAUUUCUAAAACUAGAUUCCCAUGCAAGAAAUCAAUAAUUUCAACAUUAAAUAUGACACUAUUAUAUGA